AUGGCUACCGAAAGCGGCGCACAAGGGCAAAAGCCUGCGGCCGCCACCCAGCCGUCGAAUAUCGCCGCCCCACCAAGCGCCGCAGCGCAAGGCACCAAACCUGCCGCAGCCGCCCAAGCUGCACCCGCGACCGGAGAAAAGAAGCUGACUGGCGCCGAGUUAAAAGCCAAGGCCAAGGCCGAGAAGGCUGCUAGGAGGGCCGCAUCGAAAGUAGCUGCUCCUCCACCCCCGCCGUCUUCCAGCGCCGGCGAUUCUAGAGGAGGAAAAGGAAAGGGAAAGCAAGAUGCCCCGCAAGGACCUGCGACCAAGGCGCGCCAGGGUAGCCUGGUCCAGCCCCCCAAGGAGAUCAAACCCACCGUCCCCGAAUGCUUCAGUCAUUUGUCCAUGGCGAAGAGGAUACCCAUGACGCAAGCGGACAAGGAUGUCCACCCCGCCGUGCUACUUCUAGGCCAGCAGAUGAGCGCGUUUGUGCUUCGCGACAGCACCAAGAGGCUGGAGGCCACCCUGUUAGCCAUGAAGAAGGUCAUCGAGUCAUACACCACACCCGCCGGCAACACCCUUUCUCGGCAUUUUACUUCUCACGUUCUCAACCCGCAAAUCCUUUAUCUAACCGAGUGCAGGCCUAUGUGUUUCUCCAUGGGCAACGCCAUACGGUGGCUUAAGCUCCAGAUUAGCAAAAUCGACAUCGAACUCUCCGAUGACGAGGCCAAGAAACGACUUUGCGAAGAAAUCGACUCCUUUAUCCGCGAAAAGGUCAUUAUUGCCGGAGGCGUAAUUGUAGAGAACGCCGCCGAGGAAAUCGAGGACGAGGACGUCAUCGUCACAUACGCCAGCCACCACCUAGUCAGGAAAGCACUUCUCAAGGCCCAUAAGUACGGAAAGAAGUUCCGCGUUGUCGUCGUCGACGAUGCCCACGACAGGUCCGGCACCGAAAUGGCGAAGGCGCUCCAGCAAGGGGGUUUGAACGUCACCUACUGCCCCGAUCUAGCCGGUUCCCUAACGGUAGCACGUCAUUCUACCAAGACUAUUGUUGCCGCGGAAGCUGUAUUUAGCAACGGUUCCAUUUAUGCGAGGGCCGGUACGUGUGAUGUGGCCCUUGCCGCCGCGGAUGCGAAUAGCGAGAUGAUUGUGCUCUGCGAAUCGAUCAACUUUACCGAGAGGAUGGCGACAGACUCUUUGACCUACAACGAGAUUGACCCCGAGUUGGGUACCGAGACCGGCUUCAGACUGCUUUUCGAUACUACUACCCCUCCCUACGUUUCGACUAUUCUCUCAGAGCAUGGAGGUAUCCGUCCGCAUAUGGUGCCUGGUAUCCUGAAGAGGAUGGAGUUUCUUUAA